AGUGAAUUUCCUCCAGAGCGACAGUUUCCGUUUCCUAUGAACACGAAGGUUAGUUAGCUGGUGGCUAAAUAUCUGGAUUCCUGGUGUGUUGACAUUGACGUAAAGAAACGACCGUUUGCUGUGGUUAAAUUUCUGAAUAAGGAAAGAGUUGUCGUCAUGGUGUCGGGAAAGCGUUUGGCUGAUAUUGGCUAUCGGGCUUUUUCUGCCUCGAUGAUGCUGCUGACAAUGUAUGGAGGCUACCUGUGUGCAGUGCGAGGAUACCGGUACUGGGAGAAGGAGAAACAGCUGAAACUGGCAACAGAGAACCAGAACUCUGAAAUUAUGAAAGACUGAUGUCACCUGGACUGUUCCCUUUCUUGCACUGGACAUUUCCCAUUCCUCUCAUCUGUCUCCAUCACUCAAUGGUGAAGAGAGGGAUUCCUCCCAGAAUGUUUCUGUAUCCCUGAGGUUACCCCACAAGGCAGUGCAUGACAUUGUUUCAGGGUGACUGUUAUGAUUUGUAUUAUAAUAAAAUGCCUUAAAUAAAA